AUGAAAGAUGAAGCCAUGGGCGUGAUAAGAGAAACAGAGUAUUCUCUAAUGGAAUGCUAUGGAGACAUGGCCCUAAUAGAUGAACACCAGACAGCUUCUACUAGCACAGACCAUCAACAGUGUGCCACAUCUGAAAAGAGGUUCGAAGCAGAACAGCACCAGAGAACCCAUGCACCAGGAACCCCAUUCAAAUGUGCCACAUGUGGGAAAGGAUUUACACAUAAGGGUCAUCUCAACACGCAUCAGAGAACCCAUACUGGAGAAAAGCCUUACCAGUGUGAUAUGUGUGGAAAAGGCUUCACAGAGAGAGGCAGCCUCAUCAGGCAUCAGAGAACCCAUACUGGAGAAAGGCCUUACCAGUGUGCUACAUGUGGAAAAGGCUUCAUACAGAACUAUAAUCUCAUUUCCCAUCAGAGGAUCCAUACUGGAGAAAGGCCUUACCAGUGUGCUACAUGUGGAAAAGGAUUUAUGAGGAAAAGUUAUCUCAAAAGGCAUCAGAGAACCCAUACUGGAGAAAGGCCUUACCAGUGUGAUAUGUGUGGAAAAGGCUUCACAGAGAGAGGCAGCCUCAUCAGGCAUCAGAGAACCCAUACUGGAGAAAGGCCUUACCUGUGUGCUACAUGUGGAAAAGACUUUAAACGGAGAAGUCACCUCAUGGAUCACCAGAGGAUCCAUACUGGAGAAAGGCUGUUUCAAUGUGCUUUGUGUGGAAAAGGCUUUACAGAGAAAGGCAGCCUCAUUUCCCAUCAGAGAAUCCAUACUGGAGAAAGGCCGUUUCCAUGUGCGACAUGUGGGAAAGGCUUUACAACUAUAAGUGCUCUCACCGCCCAUCAGAGAACCCAUACUGGAGAAAAACCAUUUCAAUGUUCAACAUGCGGAGCAGCCUUUUCACAACUCACCUCUUUGGCUUAUCACCAGAAAGCCAACACUGGAGAAAGGCCUUACCAGUGUACUACAUGUGGAAAAGGCUUUAAACAGAAAUGUGAACUCAUCACCCAUCAGAGAAUC